AAACAGUGGAAAACAAUCCAAUAAAAACAAUGAAAUACAUAAAAAAACAUACAUGGAAGUAUUUUUUAUACAGCAAUCAUGUUCUCUGUUUUUCCGGCGGAGUGAGAGCUCCUCUCUCUGAAGGGGCGGGUUGUGUAACGGUCUCCGCCCUGAUCUGUUUAAAUACCACCACGGUGAACCGUUACAAGGAAAACAAACAAGAGAUGUGCUGUUAUUAAUCUAUAUUACUAUUGUACACUUUCACCGUGUGUUCUUCUAGUCUGACUGGUACCAUGGAGCUGGACCGGCGGCUGCUGCUGGCCCACUGUGCGGCUCACGGCCUGAGUGUGGUGUUGGGCCUGCUGGUGGUGGUCCCCAUGGCUCUCAACGGAUCCGCCUUCAAAGGCCGCUGCGCUCUCUUCUCCUCCGGCUACUGGAGGACGGAGGACCGGGAGGAGCUGCCGGGAGACGUGUCUCACCUGGUGGUUCAGCAGUGGGGCCCGCCGGCAGCCUGCCAGUUCGCCACAUUCGUCGGUAUCUUCACGGUGCUGUACGGAGCAGCGCAGGGCUGGAGGAGCCUCUUCUAUCUGCACGGACGACAUGAUGACACCCUGUUUUCAUCCUUCCUGACGGUGCUGCUGAGUGUGUGUGUGCUCUUCCUGUCCGGAGGGGCAAGUGUCAUCUUGUCUCUGGGAUUCGUCUCCUGGUGUGACACCGUGACUGAUCACGACAAACAGCCUUACAGCUGUGCAGAGUCUGAGUCGGUUCCACUUUACCUGGAUGUGAACACCUCCUCUUUCUACACAGAGCUCAGUCUGGCACAGGCGUCUCUGUGGGGUGUGACGGCUCUGUGGCUGGCUCAGUCCAUCCUGGCUUUCCUGCGGCUCUACCACUCUCACAGCCAGCACAUGAGCGGGCCGUGUCGUCCCCGGGAGAAGGAGCUGCUGCUGGGACACACUCCGUCUGAAGGCGGCUCCCCCACACCUCCACAUCCUCCAGCAACACCCACCAUCUUUGUCUAACGGAGAGAGGUAGUGAUAAAAGAUGUUUAGUUUAAAAGUUUAGUUUUAAAUGUUGUUUUUUUCCCUUCAUCACUGUUAUAAUAAUGUCCACAAUGUCUACAGUUCUCACUACUGCAUGUAGAAUACAGGCAUGACAGUGUGGCUUAGGACAUAAUAUGAAGUCUAUGUUUUUAUUUUGAUAUAAUUCAUCAUCUUAUAUAAUAAGAGCCUGACCGAUAAAUGGUAUGUCAGCUGAUAAGUAACAAGUAAUGUCAGUAAAGAAAUGCCAAAGAUAUGUUUAAAAACAGUGUCUCCAUUAUAUAGUGUGUCCUCCAGAGAGCACUGACUAGUUUAUUUUUACCAUCCAGUAAUCGGUCAGGCUAUGUUAUAUAACGAUAUGAUGAUGUUUGAGCAGGGUCAAUAUCCCUUGCAUUGCUUUAUACUGCUAUCCCAGUUGGCUUUGUCUCACUCAAGCACCACAACUUAAAUCCAGUUUGUGUCUCUGGUUUACAGAAUUAAGCAUCUGUUUUACUGAAUGAUCAAUACAAGUUGAUCUUUAAAAAAAAAAAUCAUAAAUCCUUAAAUAUUCAGUUCGCUGCACGCUCUAAAAUUUUUUAUAGGGGUCCCAUGA